CUUCUAUGUCUUUUCUUCCUUUGGAAAAUGUCCCAAAUGAAAGAAGAACGAGGAGCGAUCCUGCAACGUAGGACGAAGCACGAUGAUGAUCUCCCAGACGAAAUCGUGUUGGACAUUUUAUCAAAGCUACCUGUGAAAUCUCUCCUAAGAUUCAGGUGCGUUUGCAAACCCUGGAACUCUUCCAUAGCCAACCCCAAUUUCAUCAUCAAUCAUCAUCACCAUCACGGUUAUGUCAUACACAUUCCUAGGUAUAUUCCCGUACUCCUACCUUCUUCUUUACCUGGUUCUUCGCAUUCUAGCGAUCAAGUCUGUACUCUCGCUUGCGACCGCACCUUUGAAACCAUAUCCGAGUUUAGAGUUCCCUUCACUUUUCAAUCUGGGUUUCCCCAUUUUGUGGGUUCAUGUAAUGGCAUGUUGUGUUUCACUAGUUCUAGAUCAUGGUCUAAUGUUGUUUACUUGUGGAACCCCAGUAUUAGAAGAUUUAAGAGGCUGCCCAAUAGCCAGUUAUUUAUUAUGUCACUCGGAAUUGGGUUUGAUUCCCAGAAUAAUGAUUUCAAGGUUGUCGGGAUUCCACGGACUUUUGCCAAGCCUAAGCCUCCCCCUGAGGUUGAGAUGUACUCAUUAAGUUCGGAUUCAUGGAAAAGAGUUGAACUUGGAAUCUCCUGGAGACCCAAUGUUGUGUCCCACAAAUUUAAUUGUGUUUUGAGAUUCCCAUUUGUGUGUGGACAUUUACAUUGGAUGAUAGAAAUGAUAGAAGAAGGAGGUGGGCAAGAGAAGCAUGAUACUUCUAUGAUUUUGUCAUUUGAUGUCAAUAGUGAGAAAUUCAAAGAGCUACCACUUCCUGAUGAUGAAGGAAUUUGUAUUACAAAAUGUGUUACAUCAUACAAGGGGAAAUUGGCUUUGAUUAAAUUUGGAAAUGGUACCCAACCACAUGUUACACGAUGCUCCAUUUGGGUGAUGAGGGAGUAUGGUGUGAUUGAUUCCUGGAAUAAACUUUGUGUUCUAUCAAUUGAAAAUCUAACUGAUUUAAUUGGUUUCACCAGGGAUGGUUUACUUAUUCGAAAAAGCUCCAGGCCGGUAUCCACCAACAGUGAAUUAGAGAGCAAAGAUAAGUCUGUUUUAAUUGACCUCGAAACUCUACAUGAGAAGGAGAUUAGCACUCAUGCUAAAUAUGGUUUUGAUGAAGCUACUUACAUGGAGAGCCUUGCUUUACUAGAUGGAACAAAUGUGAUAUCUUACUAAAAAGAUGGUGCUAUGUGUAUAAGAAGUGAUGUCAUUACAGGAAGAUGAAUUCAAAGAAAAAGAUGACUGGGUAGAAAUUGAAUUUAAGACGUGGGAGAGCUGCAAGAUUGAAAGAAAGAAUUUUUGCUAGUGACAGAAGCAGAGCAGGAAUGCUUUGAAGAGGAAGUGGACUCAGAGAUGGAAGGUGGUGAGAGCUUUGAUAAGAUGAAUGGGUAUUUUCUACUGAAGACAUUGACUAUGGCAGAAGCCCACCAUGAAAGUAGCAGCAACAUAAGAAGCAGGAGAAGCCUUUGCUCGGAAAGUUUGGAAACUUACUCAAGGUCACUAGCAGCCAUAAGUAGAGAAAUAGACGUGUUU